AUGGAAGCUCUCGCCCUCGCCUCCACCUUCGCCACCUUGCUCGGCUUUUCGAUGCAGCUGUACGGCAAUUGCCGGUACUACAUCGACGCUGUUCGGGGUGAUUGCCCCAACGACCUCAAGCUUAUCCUCAUCGAGACGGCGAGCUUGGAAGCAACCAUAAAGUCGGUUGAAUUAAUCCUAACGCUUAGCGACAACAGGGCAGAGGAUGAGCAACGGCUGAAACGCCAGAUCGGCAAGACUCUGCAAGAUUGCCAGGAUUGUAUGGAGCAGCUCUUGAAGCUGGUGCCCAAGCCCAUGCUCAAAGAUGGCGACGGCAAGAUGACCAAGAGGGACAAGGCCAAGAUCCUCCUCAAUGCCCUCGCCUGGGGUACCGGCGGCAAGAAGGGGACGUGCGACAUGCUGCUCAAGCACUUGAGGGCCCACAAGGCGACCCUCAGCCUCGGCCUCACCACCGAGCUGAGCCAUGACGUCAAGAAGAUCGGCAAGGAUGUGUCUGAAGUCAAGACAACCAUCAACACCAUGCAGGCUAAGCUAGACAGAAACCAACGGGCCGAUGUCUACGAGUGGCUCGAGCAAGUCAACCCUUCCAAGAACCACAACAGCGCUGGUCAAGCGCACGAGAGUGAGACAGGGCAGUGGCUGCUCCGGUCCAAGGAAUUCAAAAACUGGAUCGACUUGUCCGACGCGGCUAGAGCACGCUUCUUUUGGCUUCAUGGCAUCCCCGGCGCUGGUAAAACCGUCAUGGCCUACACUAUGAUUCAACAAGUCCGCGCCCGCGCAAAGACAGACAAGAGCAUCGGCUACGCCUACUAUUACUGCUUCCAUGGUCGCAACAAGGACGAAGCGAUUCCAUUUCUGAGGUGGAUCAUCUGCCAGUUCUGCCGCGAGGCUGACUUCAUCCCCGUCAUCCUCAACGAGUUGUUCCACGAAGGCUUGGAGCCCAGCAUCCCGGACCUGCUCGACUGCCUCGAGGCCGUCCUGACACAGUUUCGGGUCGCUUAUAUCGUUCUCGACGCCGUCGACGAAAGCAGCCCCCGCAAGGAUUUACUCAACAUCCUCUGUAACCUAGGGUCUCACCAGCGUUUCGCCAAGAUCCGUCUCGCCGUCACCAGCCGCGAGUACCAGGACGUCGAGGCAGCCUUCGGACCUCGGUCCGUCUCGGUAUCCAUGGACAACAAGGGCGUCCAGGAAGACAUCAAGAAAUACGUUGCCUCGGCACUCCGCGAGCCUCAGUACGAGGGAUGGGGCCGCAAACUUCGCGACAAGGUUGCCGACACCGUGCCAGCUAUGGCGCAGGGGAUGUUCCGAUAUGCGGCCUGUCAACUGGAGUAUCUGGCCGAGUGUGGUAGCGCCAAAGAAGUCGAGACGGAGAUCUUGCACCUGCCCCCGACCCUCAAUGGGACGUACGAACGUAUCCUGCGGAAGAUUGAUGCAAAGAAUCGUGGAUAUGCCAUCCGAGCCCUGGCUAUGAUUAUGGCUUCCCAGGAACAGAUCGGCGCGAUAUACUCCCCAACGCUUGUCACCGCCGUCGUUGGCGGCCCCGGCGUGAACACCUUUUACAACAUCGACAUGAUGCGCCGCCACUGCAUCUGCCUCAUCAAAGUGCACCCGGACAAGACGGUCAACCUGGCCCACUACACGGUCCGCGAAUUUUUGCAAUCUCUCUAUGUCGCCAAGUCCCGUGAGAGCCUGCGCGAAUUCUCGCUCCCAGAAAGCAAGGUACACCAGAUUUACUUCAACACCAUUAUGUCGGUGGCUGCUGAAUUCUCCGGCCCUCCCAACAUCCACAACAUGCCUGAGGAUCCCAACGGCGAUCCCAUCGACUUCAGACUAUACUCGCUGCGCCGGGUCCGGAUGGGUAUGUUCUGGAACCGGGGGGAGCUUGCUUCUCCUGCCGAAAAUAAAAAGCUGUUGAUGAAGCUCUUGGACCCGUAUCAGCCCUGCUAUAACGGCUUGCAAGUCCUCGGCUCCGACGGUCAUUCGGACGGGUCCAACCCGGCCAUGUUUGAGUGGCUACCCAAGUUCAACCCCAGAGCCGACGCCGUGGAGAGGGACGCCGCGUAUCUCACCAUGCUGAUCGGCUUCAACCAGCCCGACCUUGUGAAGGAGUUCCUCCGUGGCAAGCCGGAACGGGAGCAGACCGCCCUCUUCAGCACGAAGAUGAGCGUCACCUUCCCCGUCGCGUGGGAAUCCUUCCGUAAGCACGGCGCGUACGACCGCAAGCCGAUCCCCGUGACGGUGAUGGAAUUCUACAACGAGGGCCACGAUCGAGGAUUCGAGACCGACGACGAAAUGAACAUUCUCCGUGGCGCACUAGGCUCGUACUUGGGAAAAGGGGCAGCCCCUUUAAAAAAGGGGCCGUCUUCAACCACGACUACCGCCCGGAAAGCCUCGCUCGGCAGUCAAACAUCACAAUCAACAUCAUCCAACAGAUCCACCACUGGCCGGAGCACCCCCACCAUAGCCAAGCUCCCGACCACCACCACCACCUCCUCCACCGGGAACAGCACCCCGCGCCUGAGCAGCGCCCGCUCACCGAGCGCGACCGCGACCUCGAGCGCCCCCAAGUCCCCACGAGCCACCAGCUCGACCACAACGACGACAACAACAUCCAGCACAUCCAGCACCACCGCCAGCAGCAGCGGCGGCGGCGGCGGCCCGACGCGCCUCAGCCCCCCGGCAGCCACGAGAACCACCCGGUCCAACAGCACGAGCAGCAACGGCAACGGCAACGGCAACGCGUCGACCAGCACCAGCAACAGCCGGACGACGCCGUCGACGGCUGGCCCAGCCCCAGGGGGCGCAGGGCCGCGGCGCCAGCGCCAGCAAGACGACGGCUGCGACCAAGGCGAAUACGACGACCAGCACGACAGGCGGCGGCGGCGGUGGUGGCGGGCGCUCUGGUGCUAA